AUGCGUUGCCUAGAUACAGAUGUAAACAAAAGUGCCUCUCCGACUACUGACGAACGGCUCGAUGAACCCAAUGGCCUUCCUGGCACAGACGGUGACCAAGAAAAGAAAGUAAGAUUAUCUCCAGCCAAAAUGUCAACCAAGAACUCUACAGAUCUAGUUGAAUAUGUUGACAAGGGUCGUUCUUUUCUUCCUGUCAUUGCCAAACCCCAGACAAGUCAGCUAGAAGACAGACUGAAUCUCCAGGAGUGCACCAUAGCCUUCCUCCUCAAACAAGCCUUUCGCAUCAAGGAGGACAUCUCUGCUUGUCUCCAGGGGGCCCAUGGCUUUCGGAAAGAGGAGUCGCUUGCCAGGAAGUUGUUAGAAAGCCACAUCCAGACCAUCACCAGCAUCGUCAAAAGACUCAGCCAAAACAUUGAGAUCUUGGAAGAUCAAAUAAGAGUUCAAGAUCAGGCGGCCACUGGGACUAAUUUUGCAGUGCAGGAUCUAAACAUCAAACACCUGCAAGGAGUUGGAGACCUCCGGGGAAGAGUAGCCAGGUGUGAUUCGAGCAUUGUGAAGCUUUCUGGAGACAUCCACAUCAUCAGGCAUGAGCACCGGCAAACUGAGAAAGCAAUUCAAGGGCUCAUAUCUGCCCUAGAAACUGUUGCCAAAAACUUGGAUAUAAAGGUAACACAGCUCUUAGGAAAGAUAGAGGCUUCCACCUCUGAGCAAACCUCAAAUUUAAAGAUGAUCCAGGGAGAUUAUCGCCAUGAAAUGAAUCUUUUGGAAUUCAAAUUUAACUCUCUUUCGAGUAAUCUGCAUGAAGAAGUUGAGAACAAUCAAAAAUGGACAGAGAACCAGUUUAUCAAACAUAGACAAGACCUCCUGGCCCAUAUAAAUGAAUGUCUGAAGGUCCUGCAGGAAAAACUGGAAAAGUCUACAGAUAGAACAGAAGGAAAAAUGCUGCAGCUUUCAAGCAAAUUAGAGAAUUUCAUCAAUUCACAGAAACAGGAAGUAGAACUAAACAAAGUAAAGCAUAUAGAAAAUAAAUUGUCAAAAAAGAUGAACCAAAUGGAAAAGCAGAUCUGGAAUGAACUAGAAAAAAUGCAGAAUGAGUAUCAAUCAGCGUUUCAAUCAAUUCAUGACUCUCUCAACUCCCUCCAACAAAUACAGAAAACAAAAAUGAAUCUAGAGAAAUAUAAAGUACAGAAAGACAUAAAGAAAUUACAGCGUAAGAUAGUAGAACUCCAGGAAGUUUAAAAUUUUCCAAUUAAUCACCAAUUUUUCACCAGUUAAUGGAAUGGCUCGUUGGGAAAAGUGAAGAAAAUUAAUAUUUCUAGGAUGUUUCUACUUCCAAUGUCUGCAUUUCUCGCCACCAUUUAAGGAGAUGAAUGUACUUGGAAAAACAAUAAAGCAAGAACCUUUAUGAUAUCUUCAAAUUAGUGAACAAAUUAAGGAAUUUAUUCAUAUAUAUGCCUUUUAAUAUUCUUUUGUCUACAAAUUAAAAGAAGAGUCAUCCAUAUAAUGUAUACUGAUGAAUAAAGUAAAGCUAGGUGUAACAGAUAAUAGAAUAGCAAGAACUAAGGCAAAUUGGAGACUACUGACUCUCUGGAAAUACCACUUACAAAUCACUACUAACAUGAAUUUAGUCAAUUAUUGUGAAAAAAAUUGCUUUUUACGAGCAUUAAUAAGCAUUAAUGCAUUAAGAGCAUUUUUAAGCAUUAAUAUGUAGUUCAAAAUAGUUCUUCAAUUACCAGGGAAAUAUAUUUGGAAAAGAUAUACCCAAUGGGCUGUCAAUUUGCAAACUCUGACCAUGAGAUUUUCCUAACAAUCUCAGUGUAUAUAGUAAGUCUAGAUUAUGCCUAUUUAAAAUAUAUUUUUAUUGUACUGAAUUUGUACAAAUUAUGAUCAAGUAAGUACUAACCCAUGCAAGGUAAGAAAAUGUAAUACCUUCCAUAUAUCCCACACAAUUUGAUCUAGGUGCUAAAUCCAGAAGUACUUCAAAAACACUAAUUUCCUAUAAAAUUAUGUCUAGCUUUUCUGGAUAUAAAUGUCUAAUGUAGAGCCUGGUAUGAAGCACUGAGAUCGUGAAAAAUAAACAUGCUUCAUGUCAAUGGCUAAUUUCUAAUCACAGAAUUUCUGUAAACCUGGCAAAGGGAACCUUGCUUCAGAUUUAGGUAGCUUCCUUGGAUUACAAAAGAAGAUGAUAAUUUCUCCUGUAAUAAAGAACAAAUUUACCUUC